AUGAUUUUCAAAGCAGUUCAACACGAACGAGACUUGGAAGCUGCUAAAGCACGACCAGCCACGAAUGGAAUGGUAUCAAAAUAUGCUUUGCUAACGUGGUUAGCUCUUCGCAAUCGGCUAACAACGGGUGCUCGAAUACGGGAUUAUAUCGUCUGUGGGAGACAUGAAGAAACUCUGCAACAUCCUUUUUUUUGCAUGUCAAUUUUCAGCUCAAAUUUGGGGGACCUUGAUGUCGAGAUUUCUCAAUGCGGAUUACUCAACCGAGUGGGAUCGCUUGGUGCUGCUUCUUCACGCCUCAAACUAUGA